AUGCAGUAUAUUGGCGGAUUUAUCAAUAAUGAAGAUAGUUUUUAUGGCAGGCCAGCCCCCCGUCCUUCUCUCGCGGCCCAAGCGUUGUCAUCCGUCACGGAAGCCCUCACCUCCAUAGCCAAGUACGACGACUACCAGUGCGUGCCGCGGCUGCUGUGCGAGGCCAGCGGCGGCAUGAGCGGUCUACCUUCGGUGCCUGGCCUGGAGUCACUGUUGACGCUUCUAUCAGCUUACACCGGCCUAACAACCAAUCCUCUGUUCGUGUUCGGUCGAGCGGUGUACCUGGGCGUGUCGUCCCGCGGUAACCCCGCAUCUUGCCGGUACGCGUACCCGCAAUGUCCCACUGACGCAGAGAAGCUAGUGCAUUAUCUGAACAACCAUAAUGGAGGGUUCUUCAGAUUUUUCAACUCCCCACAACAGCAACAAAACUUGGAGCAGUUCUAUCAGAAUUACCAACCGCCUCAACCUGACCAAAAUCCAUACCCUCAAAAUGCCGGGCAGUACGGGUUCUACAAACCCAAUCUGUACGAAAGCCAACAGCAAUAUGGAUCAGCUUACAACUACAACAGACACAAAACCAGUAAAAUACAAAAACGCAUCCAAAACAAACCAAACUCUAAUUCAGUAGAUGAAGACGAUGCAAAAUGGACUUUUCCAGAUGGGAAUGCAGAUCUUGAUAAUGGAUUUUAUGCAGAAGAAGAUGUAAAUAAUUUCAAAUUCCCAGAAAGUAACAAAUACGAUAGAAAAACGCGCGGUUUUACGUUUCCUACUAAUUUUGUCGAAAAUCCCACAUACAAGGAGCCUACUAAUGAUAAAUUUAUAUUUUCAAAUCAAAACCAAGCAUAUGAUGAUAAAAGAAAAUAUCAAUAUAAUAAAUAUACAGUUUAUGUUGUUAGAGGUAACGGAGAUCCGAACCGUCCCGAAAUAAUCAAGUUGAAGCCCGGACAGUCCAUCAGCGAUUUCUGA